GCGACGCAGCGCCGGAAGUGAGUGAGCAUUUCCGGCGGCCCUCCCCGCGGUUACCCUUUCCGUCGUGCGAGCGGCCCCGGCCUUCUUGCCGUCAUGAAGGACGUUCCUGGCUUCUUACAGCAGAGCCAGAGCUCCGGCCCCGGCCAGGCUUCCGUGUGGCACCGUCUGGAGGAGCUCUACACGAAGAAGUUGUGGCAUCAGCUGACGCUCCAGGUGCUUGACUUUGUGCAGGACCCAUGCUUUGCCCAAGGAGAUGGCCUCAUUAAGAAUGAAAGACAUCUUGUACUUACUCUACAUGUUCUGGUUCCACAGCUCUAUGAAAACUUCAUCAGUGAGUUUGAACACAGGGUGAAUCCUUUGUCCCUGGUAGAAAUCAUUCUUCACGUAGUUAGACAGAUGACCGAUCCCAAUGUGGCUCUUACUUUUCUGGAAAAGACUCGAGAAAAGGUGAAGAGCAGCGAUGAGGCAGUGAUCCUGUGUAAAACUGCGAUUGGGGCUCUAAAAUUAAACAUCGGGGACCUACAGGUCACGAAGGAAACAAUUGAGGAUGUUGAAGAGAUGCUCAGCAGUCUCCCUGGCGUGACGUCCGUUCACAGCCGUUUCUACGACCUCUCCAGUAAAUACUACCAGACGGUUGGAAACCACGCCGCCUACUACAAAGAUGCCCUGCGGUUUCUGGGCUGCGUCGACAUCAAGGAUCUGCCAGUGGCUGAGCAGCAGGAGAGAGCUUUCACGCUGGGACUAGCCGGACUUCUUGGCGAGGGAGUUUUUAACUUUGGAGAACUCCUCAUGCACCCUGUGCUGGAGUCACUGAGGACCACCGACCGGCAGUGGCUGAUUGACACCCUUUAUGCCUUUAACAGCGGCAACGUAGAGAGGUUCCAGACGCUGAAGACCGCCUGGGGCCAGCAGCCUGAUUUAGCAGCCAACGAGGCUCAGCUUCUGAGGAAGAUCCAGUUGCUGUGCCUCAUGGAGAUGACUUUCACACGACCUGCCAAUCACAGACAACUCACUUUUGAAGAAAUUGCCAAAAGUGCUAAAAUCACUGUGAACGAGGUGGAGUUGCUGGUGAUGAAGGCACUCUCGGUGGGUCUGGUGAAAGGCAGCAUUGACGAGGUGGAUAAGCGGGUUCACAUGACCUGGGUGCAGCCCCGAGUGUUGGAUCUGCAGCAGAUCAAGGGGAUGAAGGACCGCCUGGAGUUCUGGUGCACCGACGUGAGGAGCAUGGAGAUGCUGGUGGAGCACCAGGCCCACGACAUCCUCACUUAGUCCUCCGUCUCCCCGUCUGUGGCCACCGGGAACAUCUGCACUCGGUGGGGGUGGGGGUGGGGUUCCACGGGUGGGGUGGGGACUGUUCUCCCUGCUGUGAACACAGGACUGUUGCUGACGGGGUGCCUGGCCACAGAGAGAAGCCUCCUUUGUGGGUGUCUCCCAUAGCCCACGGUGGGGAGGGGUCACGGGUCUCCAGUGACAAGGCAGACAAGAGUGUGCCCCGAGGAAUGAGAAGGAGUAGCCCGAAAGCACGUGGGGACACCACUUGGAGGCUCAUCUCCAUUACCUCCAUCUGUGGGAACAUCUCUUGGGUCCUGUGAGAAUGUAAUAAACGCCUUUGUUUUGUC